AUGCUUCGAGCUCUUGUUUUAUCUGAUCGACAAGCUAUUUCUAGGCAUGUCAGCUCUCUUUUUUGUUUGGCAUCAACUCUGUCAGCCGAUCGUUUGGCGUGUCCCGUGCCUUCUGUAAAGCUCACUAGUAUCUGCGCUAGUCUCUCACCACGACGUUUCAGUGUGAGAAACACUUGGAACAGAAUCGCCGAGCAUCGCCAUCAGGAUCACGCACUGCAGAUCGUCUCACCCUCUGCGCCGCAGCUGCUGAUCAUGUCGCCCGCUUUUCCUUGCAGGUCGCCUGGCUUUUGUUGCAAGUAG